AGCAAGCAAAACCACCUUCAUCCAAAGCACCCUAAUUUUCAGAAGCCGUGCCGUCUUGGUUGUUUGCUUCUACUACAAAAUAACACAAAGCUUUACCAACAAUUCAUCUUCCUGUUUACCAUUUUUUAAAUAAUUUUUUUCCUCAAUUUUUUUGUACUCAAAUUUUUUUUUUCUCAUUUCUUUACCAUCGUUCGUUCUUACUUUACUCUUUCCCAAUACAUCCUCCAUAUUUUCUCCUAGAGAUCUGAUCCUAAUUACUUACACCUUCAAUACUCUUUUCCACAAAAUUUACCAUCAUUUCUUUUUAUAUCAAUGAUUUGAUUUAUUUAAUUAGAAACCCGCAUCAAUCAAGCCGUUCAUUCAUUUUCUUGUGGGGGCUAAAACCCAUCAUACUACACAUCAAGUGGACAUUAAGAUAAUAUGAUUGAAAAUGCUAUAUGGUACAUGGGUUUCACGCUUUUGCAUAAAUUUUGUCAUCCAAAGGAAAAUUUACCAUUUAAAUAGUGGGAAGCGGUGGCACCAAGAAUUCAACUUCUCACCAAUCGAGAAACGUUUUUGAAGCCUUAAAAAUUGGAUGUUCACUCGUGUGCAUUUUGACUUUUGACUUUGGAGGAAAAAAAUACAAUUAAACUGCUGGAAUAUGUGUGGACAAACUGAUUAAACCACCUCUGUUUUCUCUUCCUUUCUAUUUCUUUUCCACUGGUUUUCUCAGUUCUAGAAAGCCUUGUAUGUACUAGUUUCGAUUCUUGAGAAGAAUUUCGAGCAUUUAUUGCCAUUCAGAGAAGGGCAUUCUGCUUCAAUCCUUUGUAAAGUUUUCACUCUCAGAAAAAUACUAGUUUUGCAAAAUUUUCAUGAGCAACAAGUAAUGGGAACUACUAGCCCAAAAGAUAGUUCAGUGUCUUCAAGUCCUUUCCCUUCACCUAAUAUUGGUGCCUUGCUCAAGUUUAGAAUCAUUUCAUGGAGUCAAGAGACAGGUCUGCCAGUCUCAGUUCGUGUUCAAGUCGGCGAUAAGACCUUCAACCUGCACAAGUACCCAUUGUUCUCAAAAAGUGGAUACUUCAACAAAAUGUUAAAUGAAUCAAGUGAAGUUGAGCUACCAGUAGACUUCCCUGGAGGACCAGAAACUUUUGAGAUGAUUGUGUUAUUCAUCUAUGGCUCUUCCACAUUGAUUGACCCUUUUAACGUAGCAGCACUGCGCUGUGCAGCAGAGUUUCUUGAGAUGACAGAAGAUUACAGCUCAGGCAACCUCUGUGAACGCUUUGACCUCUACUUGAACCAAGUGGUCUUGCAAUGUUGGGAUGAUACACUGAUUGUACUCCAAAAGUGCCAAACUUUGCUUCCUUGGUCUGAAGAGCUGCUAAUUGUGAGCCGCUGUAUUGAGUCUUUGGCAUUCAUGGCUUGCAUGGAGAUCCUUGAUCCGGAAAGGAAACGUGACCAACCAGUGGUGACAUUGGAGACAUUGGCAAGCCAAACCUGGAGCUGCGAAACGGUGAAGGAAAUUUUGAGUCAGGACCUCUGGAUCAAAGAUCUUAUUGCUCUUCCAUUUGGGUUCUUCAAGAGGAUAAUAGGUUCACUGAGAAGACAAGGUAUGAAAGGUAAAUAUGUAAGUCCCAUUAUUGUUUUCUAUGCAAAUAAAUGGGUACUUUCGAAGAAGAUGCGCCAGUACUGGGAGAACUCUGGUGAAAAAAUUGCAGAUGAAGACAUGAAUCAGAAAGUUUCAGUAAUCUUACAAGGUGUUCUUGAUCUGCUUCCCAUAGGGGAGAAGGCUAGUAGAGUAAUUCCUGUCAGUUUCUACUUUGCGUUGCUUUCUAGAUCCCUUGAAGUUGGUUUAGAAAACAAAAGCAAGGCGAAAUUGCAAGAGCAAAUUGCAUCGCUGUUGCAUUUUGCCCAACUGGAAGAUUUUAUCCUUCCAGAAAGUGGAACUCAGGCAAUUUCUUCUAGCAUGGAGUUGGCUGUAAUGGAGAGCAUAAUUUCGACAUAUGUAUCGUCUAGCUUGGAUACUGACCAUACUUUUUCAUCAAGUAGCACAAUCAUUGCAGAGCUUUGGGAUUCAUAUCUUUCCUAUAUAGCUCCUGACCCUGAAAUGGAGCCAAAAAGAUUCAUGGAACUCAUUGAAAGAAUACCACUAUCUUACAGAGAGAGUCAUGAUCACCUUUACAGGGCAAUGAAUGCCUUCCUACAGGCACACCCAAACAUGUCCCAAGAAGAGAAAGGAGUGGUCUGCAAGUACCUUAACUGCCAAAAACUUUCACAAGAAGCAUGCAUCCAUGCCGUUCAAAAUGAAUUGAUGCCGCUGCGUCUAAUUGUCCAGGCACUUUUUGUCCAGCAACUCAAUACACACCAAACUUUCAAAGACUGUUCAGACUCAUUUAGGUAUGGGCAUUGCGGGGAGUUUUCGGGAAGCCUCUCAAGCUCUAGGUGUCCGAACUCCAAAAACCUGAACCUUGGAGAGAGCCCGUAUACAGAUGGAGCAGAGCCAGGCAGUAGACCUUUGAGCUUUUUGCUACAGAAAGACCUAGCAAUACAAAGACCUGAAUUCUCAAGGAAUGAAUUUGAAUCAACGAGCUUCAGAAUUCAAAACCUUGAGGAAGAACUCAUGGCCUUGAAGAGGACACUUCAAUGCCAGAACAUUUCAACCAAAGCAGAAUCAAUUGCCACCAAAUCACAGAGCUUGAAACCAUAUGGUAAGGACAGUAGAUCACUAAGCAAAAGGAGAAACCCAAUUGGACAUGUAACAAGUUGCAUUGGAUCUGUGAAUUUUGCUUCACAAAGAAAAUAUGCCAGUCGACUACUCAAGGUCAUUCGCCGGAUAACCCUGUUCGGGAAUAGAAAAUCAAAGAGAAAAACAGAUGCCCCUGGCCCAUGGUCCAAGUCAAUGUAGCAGAAUUACUAUUACCAUAAGAUGUAUGAAAUUCAAAAAGCAGUAUGAUUUAAAAAAAGGACUUUUGUAAAUUGUAAUGCUCCUUUUUUCUUUAUUCCUUCUUUUCAAUCCC